AUGGCAGCCCGGAUACGGGCACCUGAGAACAUGCUGAGCGAUCUGGCCCCCAAAGGGCUGUUGGAGGCCAUUGAGAAUGGCCUUCCGCAAAAACCCAAGUUGCCCGACUCACCGCCCGAACACCCAACUUCUGGAACCGCCCCUCUUACCUCGCCAGCACCAGCUGGCAGCGCGGCGACAGCAGAGCACGCAGCCGCGGGCGCUGCUGCUGUCGUCGCCCCAGCCAAGGAGGCGGACAGGGGAAGGGGGCUAACCGAGCGCGCAGUCCCUGACGGUGACUCGGGCCCUCAACCCAAGCCGGCCUGGCGACGCGCUGCAGCCCGCGCGCCCUUGCGGGGACAGCCGCUGAGCUCUUUCUGCGCGGCCGCCUCCGCGCCGGCCUCGGUGCCAAACUUUCCCGCAGAAAGCCGCUUGUGCUUCUCGUGCGGGGGCGCCGCGCUAUCUCCUGGGCCCAGAAACUGUUCGCCCCCUCCCCUCCGCAGGCAAGACCCACUGAAAAUAUGGCGCCCUCGAACAUCGUUCCUCGGUCCCCUCAGGGAAUCUCGAAAUGCCAGUCUCCAGGACCCCUGGCUCCCGGUGGACGCGAAAUUUCAGCUCGUGAGGCCAGAGAAGGAGAGCGCGCCGCUAGUCCAGUGCGACACUGCAUCCGAAUUCAGCGGCACUAAAUCCAAAUCCUGCUCUCUCUCGGUCAGGCGCUACCCGCGUCCCUCAGCGGCCAGCAGUUUGCUGGUGGCGAAAUUGCCAAAGCGCUUGCCCGGGAGUGCAGCCGGCGUCCCCCCCGCGCGCCCGGCGACCGCUCCGCUCCCGCAGCCGCAGCCGCUUCAGACACUGCCGCCGCCGCUGACUCUGGGCGCGGAACAAGAGCCGAGGGCGAGCGCGAGCGCACGGCCCGCGAGCGCAGGGAGGGCAGGAAGCGCGUCAUCACUCGGGGACGGCGCGGCCCCGGUGGCUCCAGUCCGGCCGCCGCUCGGCACGGCAGUGAGGCUGGGCCGGUGCCGGCGCCCGCGAACCCCUCCUGGGUCUCCCUCCGGCGGCCGGGUGCUGGGAGGAUCCGCCGGGGAGGGCGGCACGCCGGCCUGUAAGCUGCAGGAAGAAGGGGGCGCCGGGUGACCCCGGCUGCCCUGAGUGCGAGCUCUGCUGUGUGAAGGGGUUCGGUUGGGGUGGGGGAGGCGCAGCAUCUUUCGGAGUGGGGCCCCUGGGUCUGCAGAGCGCCUCGCCCGCCCUCGGUUCGGCCCGGUGGAGAGCGGGGGGCAGUUCCAGCAGGAAGACCUCGGCGGACCCUGAGGUUCCGCUGCGAUUCCGUUGGCGGGAACUUGGAGCAGGACUGUGCACGUGUUGCACACCGCAGACCCUGAAACGCUGCCGGUCAGGCGUCGCUUAGGUUCAUUUCGAGAACCUAAGGCUUUACGGGUGGGGGAUGUAUUCUAUUAAACUCAUGAGAUAAAAAAUGCUCUCUCUACCGUGCCCUUGCAUAAAGUCAUUUAUAUACUUAUUAAAUUUACCCCGUCAUCA